AGUGUUUUGCAUAUUUAAAUUACAAUGACGCUGACUUAACGUCGCUGGGCUGUUGGCUAACAACAAUGAGGAUUGCUAGCAGUUUAAAGCGUCCUAUUACAGUUUACUUGGCUUCUCUAAGGUUCUGAACUGUUCAUCAUUGCAACUUAAUGCAGAAAACUCUCAUUUUAUUGCUUCAGAAGACUAUCCGCGUAGUCCUAAAUCCCCCUGGAAAACUUGUUAGAUGUCAGAAAUACUUCAGGUUGUGUAGGGCCUUUUCUGUCUAUUCAUGUGCUGAGCGUCUACCUUUGUCUUUUCAUGAGUUACAUUUUACAAGGAAAAUCUCUGCGUUUUCCUCAGUAUCCCCAAAGCACAGUCUUCUCCCAAACUAUCCUCCCUGGUUUUUCCUGCAUCGAAGUUUCUCCAAUCAGCCGGAUAUGGCAGAUCAGAGGUUUCUCGUUGAAUACGCCAAACGUGGCACAGCAGGAUGUAAGAAAUGCAAGGACAAAAUCCAGAAGGGAAUAGUGCGCAUAGGCAAAAUUGUGCCAAACCCUUUCAGUGAGUCUGCAGGGGAGAUGAAAGAGUGGUACCAUGUGAAGUGUAUAUUCGAAAAGCUGGAAAGAGCCAGAGCCACCACGAAGAAGAUCGAGGACAUCACCGACCUGGAGGGCUGGGAGGAAUUACAGGACGACGACAAGGAGAUUAUAAAUAAACACGUUUCAGACCUGAUGGCCAAAGUUAAUGCAAGUCCAAAAAAGAAGGUGCAGGCCAAGUUGAACACCACCGGUCAGCUGAUGGCUCCUCCUGCUGACCCAUCUGUCAAUGCGCCAAGGAAGUUUUCAGGCUUCACUGCAACAAAGGCUGGCAGUUCCAGCAGCAGCCCUGGGCCAUCCUCUUCCCCUGCCAAAGCCAGCCAAGGCAGCGCGCUGUCCACCCAGCUCUGUGACCCCCAGCACAAAGACUGCCUCUUCAGAGAGUUUCGCAAGCUCUGUGCCAUGGUGGCCGAAAACAACAGCUACAAUACAAAGACGCAGAUUAUUGAAAAGUUCCUCAGGAAGGGCACAAGUGGAGAUAAGUUCCACGGCGAUCUUUACCUGACUGUGAAAUUGCUCCUGCCGGGUGUUGUGAAAAGCGUCUACAACCUCAAUGACAAGCAGAUUGUAAAACUCUUCAGCCGCAUAUUCAGGAGCAACCAGGAUGACAUGGUGCGCGAUCUGGAGCAGGGUGACGUGUCUGAGACGGUGAGGAUGUUCUUUGAGGAGAGUAAAUCAUUUCCCCCGGCUGCCAAAAGUCUCCUUACCAUCCAGGAAGUGGACGCAUCCCUGACCCGACUUUCCCAGCUGACGAAGGAGGAUGAGCAGCAGAACGAGCUGGAGGAUAUUGCCAAAAAAUGCACCAGUAAUGACCUGAAAUGCAUCGUUCGCCUAAUUAAGCACGAUUUGAAGAUGAACGCUGGUGCAAAACACGUCUUGGAUGCAGUGGAUCCAAACGCUUACGAUGCCUUCAAGGCCUCGCGUAAUCUGGGGGACGUGAUUGAAAGGGUGUUAAGGAAUCAGCAGGAGGCGUCCAAUGGUUCAGGACCAAAGAAACUCCUCACUAUCGAGGCCUCACUUAUGACCCCCGUCCAGCCCAUGUUGGCGGAGGCGUGUAAAUCCAUCGAGUACGCCAUGAAGAAAUGCCCCAACGGGAUGUACUCGGAGAUCAAGUACGAUGGCGAGCGCGUGCAGGUCCACAAGAACGGAGACAACUUCAGCUACUUCAGUCGCAGCCUCAAACCAGUGCUGCCUCACAAAGUGGCCCAUUUCAAAGAAUACAUCCCUCAGGCUUUUCCUGGUGGCCACAGCAUGAUACUGGAUGCUGAAGUCCUCCUAAUUGACACAAAGACCAGUAAACCCCUGCCCUUCGGGACCUUGGGUGUACACAAGAAAGCAGCCUUUCAAGACGCCAACGUGUGCCUUUUUGUUUUCGACUGUAUCUACUUCAAUGGUGUGAGUCUCAUGGAGAGGCCUCUGUGUGAACGCAGGAAGUUCCUGCAUGACAACAUGGUUGAAGUCCCCAACAGGAUCCUGUUCUCAGAGAUGAAGCACGUCACUAGAGCAGGGGAUCUGGCUGAUAUGAUAACUCGUGUCAUCAGGGAGGGACUUGAAGGUCUGGUGCUAAAAGACGUAAAGAGCACCUAUGAGCCAGGGAAGCGCCACUGGCUGAAAGUAAAGAAGGACUAUUUGAAUGAAGGGGCGAUGGCGGACACAGCUGACCUGGUGGUGCUGGGAGCCUUCUACGGGAAAGGCUCAAACGGGGGCAUCAUGUCCAGUUUUCUAAUGGGCUGUUACGACCCAGACUCCAAGAAAUGGUGCACAGUCACCAAGUGCUCCGGAGGCUACGAUGACGCCAUGUUGGCCAGGCUCCAGAAAGAGCUGGAUGUGAUCAAAAUCAGCAAGGACCCAAGCAAAAUCCCUAGCUGGUUGAAAAUCAUCAAGAACUAUUAUCCAGAUUUCAUUAUCCGCGAUCCUGAGAACGCACCUGUGUGGGAGAUCACAGGCGCGGAGUUUUCCAAAUCGGAAAUGCACACCGCUGAUGGCAUCUCCAUCCGCUUCCCCCGCAUGACGCGAAUCCGCGAUGACAAGGACUGGAAGAGCGCCACCAACUUGCACCAGCUUAAAGAGCUGUACCGCAUAUCGAAGGAGAACAGCGACUUCAAAGUGACAGCGGGUCCGUCUACGUCCAACGAUGACAAGGGCUCAUCGGGGGGGGACAGCGGAGGAAGCUCGCCAUCAUCCUCCUCCAACAAAGGUGCUCCGCCCAAGAAGACGAGCAGCAGCACUCCACCCAAAGCCAAGGCGGUGAAAUCCCAGCCUCGCACUCCCAGCUCAGACGCACCCAGUGCUAAGAAGGUAAAGAAGAGUGAGAGUGUUCACAGCAACGGACAAACUAAAGCAAAAGCUACCUCACAAAAACUGGAGCCAAGGAAUGACAAGACGCUGCUGGACAUCUUCAGCGGCGUGAAGCUCUUCCUGCCCGACUCGGUGCAGGACUUUGACAAGCUGAGGCGAUACUUCGUGGCGUACGACGGGGACCUCGUGCCAGAUUACGACGCCGCCUCCGCCACGCACACUCUGGCCGAACCCGAAGAACAGAGCCAGGCUCAGAAAGUGACCCCCAGCUGGAUCUGGGAAUGUAUCCGCAAGAGGCGUGUCGUAGCUCCCUGUUAAUAAAAGAAGAGGAGGAAACUACAUUUUUAUACACUGCAUUCACCCAGCCAUGAACUGGGUCAGAGGGCAGCUCUAAGUUUGGGGAUGUUACCGUGACACCAGGGACUGUCUAUGUUUUCAAAUGCCACUGCUCUCAGGUCAUUUUAAUUUAUUCUUUUUGAACCUUUCUGCAUUCUGCUCAUGCGGACCAACAGAUGCAACACACAGUACACAUUUAGGUUGGAGGUAGAGUGCUAGAUUAGUCUAUGAUUAUAUGAGGUGUAGAAUAUUUUGUAACAAUGUAGAAUAUAGCCUCUAAAUCAUGAGUAACGUACAGUUUGACACGGAUUUUACACACAAAUCUAGAAUAUGAACCAGUUUUGUUUUUUUAGAUAAGCAUCAAGCAAUACUUUCUACUGCCUGAAGAACACUCUGAUAUUAAAGCUCAGCUCCUGCACUGAACACAAACAAAUCUGUCUGCCAUUAGGAAUAAACAAACCUGACAAAGACAAUAAAAAUGUCCCUGUAACAUCA